AUGGGCAGCACCUGGUCUCGGGAUAGGCGUGCGAUCCUGCGACUCAGGCUGCCGCCGCCAGAAAGCAGGAGGCGGCGCCCAGAGUUUGGGGUGGCUCCAGGGCUGGCGUUUUCGCUCCUGGAACGCAAGGCCGCGCCUGAUAUUGGGGGUCGCGCCCGCAUUGGGGAUGGGGGCUGCGCCUGGGGUUCGGGAAUCGUGUCUGGGGUUUGGCGGGUCGCGCCUGGGGUAGGAGACCGUGACUGGCUUCCGGGGAACGAGUCGGACUGGGGGUGGUUGUGGCCGUCUGGGGUUACCUGGGCUCCAAGAGGGUGGUGUCGCGCCUGGGGACCCUGCCCAGCCCACGAGUCUCGGGGCCGCCCGACGGCGGAGGCGACCCGCAACGCUGUUUGUCGUUUUAGGUAUCUAAAGGAGUUUAGGACAGAGCAGUGCCCCCUGUUUGUGCAGCACAAGUGCAGCCAGCACAGGCCAUUUACCUGUUUCCAUUGGCAUUUCCUAAACCAGCGCCGCCGCAGACCGCUCCGCAGGCGCGAUGGCACCUUCAACUACAGCCCCGACGUGUACUGCUCCAAGUACGACGAGGCCACCGGCCUGUGUCCCGACGGUGACGAGUGUCCCUACCUGCACCGAACGACUGGAGACACGGAGCGCAAGUAUCAUCUGCGCUACUACAAGACAGGCACGUGCAUCCAUGAGACAGACGGGCGGGGCCACUGUGUGAAGAAUGGGCUGCACUGCGCCUUUGCACAUGGCCCCCUGGACCUGCGGCCGCCUGUUUGUGACAUUAGGGAGCUGCAGGCCCAGGAAGCCUUGCAGAAUGGCCAGCUUGGUGGUGGGGAUGGUGUGCCUGAUCUGCAGCCUGGGGUCUUGGCCAGCCAGGCCAUGAUCGAGAAGAUCCUGGGUGAGGACCCCAGGUGGCAAGACACCAACUUUGUGCUGGGCAGCUACAAGACAGAGCCAUGCCCAAAGCCUCCACGCCUGUGCCGCCAGGGCUACGCAUGCCCACACUACCACAAUGGCAGGGACCGCCGGCGGGACCCCAGGAAAUUCUCAUACAGAUCCACCCCCUGCCCAAGCGUGAAGCACGGUGAUGAGUGGGGUGAGCCUUCGAGGUGUGACAGUGGGGACACCUGUCAGUACUGUCAUUCCCGCACGGAGCAGCAGUUCCAUCCUGAGAUCUACAAAUCUACAAAAUGCAAUGACAUACGCCAAACUGGCUACUGCCCUCGGGGUCCUUUCUGUGCCUUCGCACAUGUUGAAAAGACCCUUGGGACAGCAAGUGACUGGGGCUGCCGCGAUCUCAGCUCUGCCAGCAGCGCCUCGGCCCAUAGUAGCCAGCCUGGAAAUGCAAAGCGAAGAGACUCACCUGCAGAUGGCAGCCAGAAAGCCAGUGACCCCGAUGGCAAACAGAACCAUCUCGCUGUGUUCUCAGUGGUUCAUCCAUUGGCCCCCAGCAUAAGUUCCAGUGUGGCAUCCAGCCUGGCGUCCAGCACUGGCUCAGGUAGCUCCUCCCCAACCGCUCUGCCUGCCCUCCCCGCCCGUGGCCCCAUGCCGGACCCAGCUGGCAACACCGUGGAGGCUGUCCUAGGUUCUGCCCUGGACCUUCGUCUCAGUGAUAUCAACAUUGCGUCCCUGGAUAAAGACCUGGAAGACCAUGACCUCGGGCUAACAGGUUUGAAUGGUGUCCCUGGGAGCAUCUGGGACUUUGUUUCCGGCAGCUUCUCUCCCAGCCCCUCCCCCAUCCUAAGCACCGGCCCCCCGGUCUCAAGUCCAAAUGGUGCCGAGCUGGCCCGGGUCAGGCGGCAGUUGGAUGAGGCCAAGAGGAAGAUUAGGCAGUGGGAAGAGUCUUGGCAGCAGGUGAAGCAGGCCUGUGAUGCAUGGCAGCGAGAGGCUCAAGAGGCCAAAGAGCGGGCCCGUAUCGCAGACAGUGACCGGCAGCUGGCCCUGCAGAGAAAGGAGGAGGUGGAGGCUCAGGUAAAGCAGUUGCAGGAGGAACUCGAGGGCCUGGGCUUGUUGUCCUCACUGCCUGGGCUACGGAGCUGCAGUGACAUUGGCUCUAUCCCUCUCCCCAAGCUGCACUCCCUACAGAGCCAGCUGCGCCUGGACCUCGAGGCUGUUGAUGAGGUGAUCUUCCAGCUCCGUGCCAAGCAAUGUGUGGCCUGCCGGGAGCGGACCUGUGACCCUGCCCUGCAGCCCUGCCAGCACCGUGUCCUGUGUGAGCCAUGUGCAGCCAGUGUACCCGAGUGCCCCUACUGCAAGGGCCAGCCGCUCCCAUGGUGACCAGAGCCAGCCCUCGCCUUCCACAGCAGUGUGUCAUUCCUGGUGCCACCACGUCAGGACGUGAGUUCACGCCCUGUUCACCUGACAGCCUUUUGUAUUUUUCUUACCUACUGUGGUCCACCAGUGGUUUCAAGGUAUUCUCAAAAACCUUAACACCACCAAGAAGCCACCUGCCCAUCCCCGAGGGGCUGUAUGCCUCCAGGGGCUGGGCAGGUAGAGUGUGGUUGGGGCCAAGGUCCCGAUGCUGCGGUGGCCAGGCCACCAGGGGGCGGGGUCUCAUCAAAGCACUUUGUCAACCAAGGGAUUUAGAUGUUAUGAAUUGUAUAAGCUGCUUUCUAGGUCUGUGUUUUUUAAUAUGCGAUAACAUGAAGCUUUAUAUGUGUGCUGUGAACUUGAAGUUUCCUAUUCGUUUACUGUUGAUGCAUAGUCUGGCAGAUAGAUUUCAUAUUCUGAAACUACUUAAGAAAUGAGCGUUUAUCUAGUGAGGAAUACGUAGCAUUUUUACAUUUUCAAAUCAAGUGCAAACAAAUAGUAUUUAUAAGCAGAGUGAUUAUUAAAAGAUACAUUUAGUUGUUUUGAAUUUUAUGAGGAACUAAUUUUCCUAAACAUGAGAAUGUGCAAAUGUCAUUGGAGUUUUCUAUUCUAGUAUUGUGAGAUGAUACCAAGAACUCUACCCUGUAGUGAUCCGUGGCCACUUUUUCUAAGUGCCUAUGCCUUGCAAAAGUGAAGGAAAUUAUCCAUUUUGUUGUUUUUUCACUUGAAACUGUAGAAGAGAAUUUGAUGCUAAUGAAAAAUGCAAUGUUAAGGGACCAGGUACUAACGGAUUUUGAAGUUCACUUUGGAAGAAACCGUUUUUGACAACUUAGAUCUGUCAUAGGCAAUGGUGCUUUGUAACUUCAGAGAUGUCUGGGCAUCCUGGCUGUGCUGAGUAUGUGGGCUGUGAACUGGGAGCUUUUCUCUCUCCUGCAUCUGUCACUGCCUGCACCUUCUGCCUCUAGAGGUGCCACAGCAGCCUGUGGAGCCCUGGGUGACAGUGUUAGCCACACCCUCGCCUGACCUGUGCAUCCCUUGUGACCAGUGAGGUGCCUCCAUGGCCUGGGACCCUGGUUGUGCAGCACCCUCCUCUGUCCAUCAGUUCCUGGGUGGCUGCAGGUCCCUCGUGGCUGGCCUCAGACUUGUGACAGGAAUGUUGCUGAGAAUGUACCCAGCGUGCUAGGAGUCCUCUCUGGUCAGGACUGGGACAGUCCUCGGAAAUCUGGGGAGAAGGAAGAGCUAUGUGUUGUCCGUGGAGACCUUGCCCUCAGCUGGCAAGCGGCUGGAGGGGGUGGGCUUUGCCCCUGGCUGGAAGGGCCACCUUGUCUCUCCUCCCCUGUGGCUUUGCCAAAGACUUUUAAUAGCAUUUUUUUAAAAGUGCAAAGUGAUUAGGUAACCAUUUUUAUCAGUGACCAAAUUAGAAUGUAUUUAAUAUAGAUUUAAGAGCAUUUUUUAAUAUAAGACAAACUGAUAGAAAAGUUCUAUCAUUUUAAAGGCAGUGGAUCAAUGACAUUCCGCAGCUAGUACGCUACUAAUGGUUAACUGUUGACUUGGUUUUAGUGAAUUUGUUUUUAAUUAUAGUGAUGAUUAGCUCAGUACCUAGAAAUUACGUAUAUUUUGUGCUACUGUUAUCACUGUUUAAGAUUGUUUAUUUUUAUUAAUAUUUAUGCACUUGUUUCCCAUUUCAGGCCUUUGGUCUUUGGGAUAAUGGGACAAUGUUUUAUUAUCGGUAUGUAGCCUAGACAUUUUCAAAUUAUAAAUAAAUAAGAACCAUUAAGCUUUAGAUCUGUCUAUAAGCUACUCUGGUCAGUUUUUCCUGUGGAAUACGGCCAGUGCUCUGGAGCUUCUCUCUAGGGCUAACGUUCUAGGGUGGGAGCAAUGGCUGGGAGCUGGCAACUGGGUCCCACAGUGAGGUGCCGAGCUCUGAGCAUGCACUGUCCUGGGAUCAGGACAGCCUGAGGACAGGUGUGCUGGGGAGACCAAAGAACUACCCAGGUGUGAGCCAAUGGUGUGGCAGGACCAUGGGGGCUGCUCACUGUGGGUCCUUCCCCACCCUGCCUGUGACCUCUGGGAUCCAUCCUGCAUGACCCAGGAGCCCAGCUGGGGAUGGGCAGGCUCUCACUUCAGAUGGAGGCGAUGGAGGUGGGGUCUCGGUGUGGGAGCUGAAGCUGUGGGGUAACCAGCAAUGCCGUUCUUUCUGCUGUUGUCUUUUGACUCUGGUGUGGAAUAUUAGUAAAUGGUAGUGUUGCCACAUUUAUGCUCCCAGUAAGGACACUUCAUGUGGAUUAAUUUAUGGAAGCCCCAUGUGUUUUUAUUUUGAGCACUUAGAUCAGAAUGUUAUGUGAAUGGGAUUUUCUUAAGCCAGAAG